AUGAUCGUAGCUGAUCUGCUCGAAGUUUCGAAACAAUUCCGUAGUAAACAAACCAAUUACAUUCAUGAGGACAAGACACUGGAGGAAGCUAUCAAGUGUCUGGCUCAGAACGAGAAUUCCGCAACGCUUGUGGUUGUGAAUAAACAGCAUCAGGUAGUAGGACUUAUGACGAAUCGUUUGGCACUGCAGAGGGUCGUACGAAUGCGAUCGACGGGCAAGAGGACGGACUGGAAUAUAAAGGUGUCACAGGUAGCAAUUCCAGCUCGGAAAGUAUUGUUUGUAUCGCCUGACGAUUCGCUGGAAGAUUGUCGAGCUGUAAUGGCCUUAUCAGGUGUUGGAGAACUGCCAGUAUUAAAAGGCAGUAAACUACUGGGUACAGUAUCAUUAACGGAUAUUGCGUCGCUGAUACAUCGGCAUGAUGCACAAUUGAAUCCUGACCCCACAAGUGCCAAGUCAGACUAUGUGAACCUUAUUCUACCGCGCAAGGGAUUGCCAGCCAAUACAUCCCUCGACAAGACUGUUGUUCAAAAUAAGAAUGUCCAUCCCAAUAACUGGAAAUACUUCCUGCAUUCAUUUGCCACGUCAAUUCCACAUCCACAGAAGAAAGUUACAGGUGGAGAGGACGCUUUUUUCUUAGGAAUUGUACCUCACGGAGAAGAAGGUGGUACAGCAGCUCUUGCACCAAAGGAUAGAUCUAUUGAAGUUGUUCCGGCGGUAACGCAUGGCACACAGGGACCAGCGGAUGUACUGGCAAUGGGAAUUGCUGAUGGUGUGGGCUCGUGGUUUGAAAAAGGCGUUAGCGCGCGGCGGUAUGCGGAGGAGCUCAUGGUUGCUGCACAUCAGGCAGUACAAGUAUCGUACGCAAAGAAUCACGACAUUGAGCCUUCAGAAAUUCUGCACGCUGCUUGGUCCACAGUGCUUCAGAAAGAAAUCAUUGGCAGUUCCACUGCUUGUGUGCUAGCACUGGACCCUGAACAAGGAGAACUUCAUGGCGUUAACUUGGGAGACUCCGGGUUUCUAAUUAUUCGCGAUAAAGCGUCGGAUCUUGAGACGGCACGAUUGCGUGGUACGCUAGAUGGCUCGCUUACGCGUAAGAUUACAAAUAGCGAGCAGGAUCUCACGCCUGCUGGAAGACGAAAAGGAGCCCACGUUACAUACCGCUCACCACAACAGCUGCAUUACUUCAAUUGCCCCUUUCAGUUGGGCUUUGCAGGUGCCGAUCUCGUGAGUAAUGUCGUAGAAGACUUGGCCCGCGGAGCGCACUCGCCUAUGCGUGAAAAACCGCUUUUCGAAACUCCAGAUAAUGGCAUGAGAUUGCGGGUACCUGUGCUUGAGGGGGAUCUUAUUAUUCUCGCCACUGACGGACUGUUCGAUAACGUAGACGAAGAAGAUCUACUUGAGAUUGUGCGCACUGAGCCUGACCUUAAGACCAUGACGCGCAAGCUUGUACAGAAGGCCUAUGACUUGUCUCUUGACCGAUCGCGGGACUCGCCCUUCGCCCGCCUUGCCAAGGAAAACGACUUGUUAUGGGGUGGUGGGGUGCCAGACGACAUUACGGUUAUCGCAUCGCGAGUCACCAAACACAAGACCCGAGAGGAAAGGAUAGCUGAGGCUGCUGCAGCAGAAGCUGAGGCCAGCUAUUAA